GUUGCUUGGAGGACGACAUCCCAGUCAAGGUCCUGAGCCUGGGCAAGAGCCGCAAAGGCGGCAGCAGCGAUGAAGGAACGCAUGUUGAAGAUAGAAGAGUCGAGAGGAGGUUGCUCUUGAUGAUGGAAGAGAUAGUUGAGUGAGGUGAUGAUAGAGAUACAACGUGCGAACCUACCCGAUAUAUAUAACCACCUACAUACCUGGAUAAUGUGAGCCCUUCGGACUAGCCAGACUCCAUUGUCCCACGUCCGCGCUUAGCUUCGGGGGCAGCGAGCUGAGAACGACGCUUGAAUCGUGGAAAGCCACGAGACAGCAGAUGCCAGGGACGAUUCGUGGUAGACAAGAUCUCAAACUUCGAGUCCACUUUUAGCGAAGUCUUGUGGCGCAUGUGGGCGCAAUGCAUAGCGGUCAAUUAUGGCCCAGGGGCAGGCAAAGGUUCCGGAAGCCUUCAACGGGAUAUCCACUUGGUGUAGACAAAGUGCCGGGAGCGUUCUUGUCACACGAAGACGGUGCAAUCGAGAUGAACCGGCCGUUCGUGGGGUGUAAACUCCCCCAAAAUUUCGCAACGGUUCAUCGAAGAGACGCUACCCAAGGCUCCCCUAAAGCUGUUAAUGUGAUUGAGCCAGGUAAAAGGUCUCCGGCGGCACGAAAAGGAGCAAUCCCAACCGCACAGCGGCUUGGACGAAGACUCAGCACGGACUGCCGUGCAUCCUCAUGUGCUCAAAGCGGACUCCGAGUGCGGGAUACAACACUGGCGUACCGCACGGCAUCGCCGAGAAGAGAAGUGCCAGCACAGAAGCGACACGAGACGGCCUGUUCCUUGAAAGGUCUCGGUUCAGGUUGCUGUGCCAUUUGCACAGAGAAAACAUGGUGAAAACCUGGAGAUGUCUCAGUUUGACGGCUUCUGGACUGUCCGAAGCUCGCCAAGAAAAGUUACUGAUUGGUCCGGAGUUCGACGAAGUGAGACGUGAAGACAGCAGCUGAAGGGCCACGCACUGCUUCAGGUUGCUACGAAAAGCCGGUGAGAGACGAAACUCGACAAGACCGUCUUUUGGCGAUGGAAAAUUCUUCGUUGUGGUAUGACUUUGAAGUGGUGGAUGGUGUCGGUGAAGCUUUGAUUGCGACAAAAGCCCUCGGCGUCGCCUAUUCAGCCCACCUCAGAGCAACCACGGUCUUUCGACUGGUAUAGCCGGUGCAGGCUGCAUUCUCAGCUUUACGGUGAAAGCGAUCCGAUGUACCAGAUCAGGCGAAAGGU